CAUUUGCUCAAAAGCGCAUGGGAUGUUACAGACGUCAGGCCUCUCUAGGUUUCACUGCUCUUCUCCACCAUGAUCAGGACUGACCAGACCAGCUUGGCUCCACCGCCGCUGCCUCCACGACUGGGCAGGUCCCAGCCGAUCCUAAUCCCAGCUCAGCUUCCACCACUGGGCCACAACAACAAGCCUCUAAUCCACUUUUUGGCUGGUGUAGUGAUACUGCACUUAAUGCUGUCUAUUGGAGGAUUCAUCUAUUUGCUCUACAAAGACAAAACACUUUUACCUGAAAAUAGUCCCUUAGCUCAAGAAAGAGUUGGAUAUCCCCCAACAAAACAACAGGAAGCAUCCUCCUUGGCUCUGGCACGCAUGGUGAUUGAGCAGCCAUCUUACACAGGGAAAGAAGAUAAAUCAUCUGGUUUUCUCCGAUGGGAAAAGACCCAGUCAGUUCAUAAAAACAUCAAUUCCUAUGAAAACAGCUGGCUGACUAUUCUAGAGCCGGGUGAUUACUAUGUGUACUCCAGGGUGACCUUCUCCAAAGGUAGCGCUAAGAUACCACUGGCCAGCAGGGUCAAGCUGAGAAAGUCGGAGACGGAAAAGGAUGAGACUGUGAUGAAGGCCUACUGCAGCCUGAACAGCAGCAACAUCUCAAGGAAAUCAGCAUCAGAUCCUGACAUGUGCACAGCCACACAGAUGGAGCUGCUCACACUGGAAAAAGGAAACCAACUCAGUGUUUGGGUACAAGACCUCUCGCUUGUGGACUAUGAAGCGGGUGCAACAACAUUUGGGAUGUAUAAACUGUAGGACUCCUGUGAGAACAAGCAUGGACUGGAGAGUGGCUCUAGAGUGGGAACUCCUGAAAUGCAUGGAUCUGGAUUUAUAUCUAAUUAAGAAAAAACUCUUAAUUAGACUGGAACAAAAAAAUUUGUGGAUUUAAAAGACAAAAACCACACUCCAAAACUAUAAUUUAUUAAAUCACAUAAAUAAUCUAUGUAUAUAUUUUAUUUCUGUUCUGUGAAUGUUCUCUAUUUAUUGAUGCAAACUGGCUUGUAAGACUGAAAUGAAUAUCCUAUAUUUAAUCUAUUUAAACCCUCCUAAGUGUUUCUUGUAUCAAGUUACACACAGGGUAAAUUUAAACAGAAAUCAAUAAAUUUCAAAUUUUUUUAUUUAUUUUUUUUAGCAUUUCUUUAAGAAGAAAAAUCUAUGCAAAGGUCUUAAAAAAUCUGCUUUAUAAUUAAGAUGUACCCAGAUUCAUAAUCAGUAUUAAUAAAAGCCAAGUUUUGACAUUUGAAAAGUAAUCCUCCAAGGGACACUCUGUAAAUUAAAGCUUUAUUAAUUGCUAUAAUGAAAAAAAAACUGCUGCCUCUUGCAUUUAGCUCAGCCUUUACCACUAUGGUUUUCAAAUUUCUAGAACACAAAACCACAAAAAAAUGAUUCGUCUCAAGAUGUCAAAUGAGACCAUUCAAAAUAUAGCCUACCAAUCAAGAAGAGAAACUACUUUUUUUUUCUUCCUAAAAGAGUAGUUUUUAGAGUAACCUUUGGCUUAAAUGCUUUACUUCAAUAAUAUACAAAUACUAUCACCCUACAACCCACCAGAAGUGAAAUGUAGUACAGUGCAAGUUUAAACAAACAGCUCAAACCAGCACUUCACACGGAGGAGUAUAACAGCAUGGAAAGUGUGAAGCUCUUUGGAGGUGUGUAGAUGCAGAGGCAGUGCUCUUUUACAGGAUGUUAUCUAUUCUAGUCAUUCCUUCCAUCCUGUAAAGGGUUUUUUGAUACCAAACCUGACAACCUACAAAUUACUGCAAUGCACAUGAGUUGAAUGAGGCAUGGAAAAGCCCGUGUUUGUGGAUUUCCAGUGUAGAAUGAGGGAAUACAGUUUUCCAUUUCUCACAUGGUAAACCGAUGUCAAAAACUUAACCCCAUUUGUUGUAUUAAACUUUUAAUAAAAGAACAAUCAUACCAAACAAAGUACAGGGUGUCUAGAAAAAAAGGACAACAAAAAAUGAAUAGUUGCAACAAUGAUUGCAUAGAACAACCUUUUUAAAAACAAAUAAAACACAGUGGUCUGGAGAUAAAAUCUUAAAAGAACUGGAGUUCAUCUCUUCCCACCAGUAAGUGCUCAGAGGCUAUGGGGAAUUUCAGAUAACAGUGUGUGGUGCUUGAUGACUUGAAAACAUUUUUUCACAGAAAAACAGAGGAGAUGUUAAUCUCAGCAACAAACACGAGGUGAGACUGAGACACACAACUGAACAGGAAUUGGCAGGAACGCUAAAGAAUCUGCCUGCUGAACAGGUGCCCUGAAAGAAUUUACAAUUAAAGAUCAGCUCUAACAGCACAGCAAGCAUUAAACAGAAGUGCCUUUGAGAAUAACAGAGCAUAUGCAGACGAACCAGUUACACAAUGAAUGCUCUGAAGUUCCUGUACAGAAGUGCAUGCACAAGACAGCACCACCCAUGCAGGGACUGUUGCUAUUAUUUGAAUAAUUUGUUAAUUAAAAAAAUAGUAAAAAAAGGUUACAAAA